CUCUGGAAACAUAAGCACAGUAAGAAUGUCUGAGGCUAUCCGGUGCACUCUCGUGAACUGUAGUUGUCACUGUUUCAAACCUGGGAAAAUAAAUCAGCGACAAUGUGACCAAUGCCGGCAUGGAUGGGUAGCACAUGCCCUGAGCAAACUAAGGAUUCCAAACCUCUACCCAUCAAGCCAAGUAGAAAUAGUUCAAUCCAAUGUUGUCUUUGAUAUCAGUAGCCUCAUGUUGUAUGGAACCCAAGCCAUUCCUGUGCGCCUUAAAAUUCUGCUCGAUCGGCUUUUCAGUGUUCUGAAGCAGGAAGAGGUGAUACAGAUUCUCCAUGCUCUGGAUUGGACACUGCAGGAUUAUAUACGUGGAUAUGUGCUACAGGAUGCUUCAGGAAAGGUGCUGGAUCACUGGAGCAUAAUGACCACUGAAGAAGAAUUGGCUACUUUGCAGCAGUUUCUUCGCUUUGGAGAAACUAAGUCCAUUGUAGAGUUAAUGGCAAUUCAAGAGAAAGAAGGGCAGUCGAUCAUAAUACCACCACCAACUGCCAAUUUGGAUAUUAGGGCAUUCAUUGAGAGCUGCAACCCACACAGUCCUAAUUUUUCUGCUUCCUUGGACAAAAUGAGUCCCACCAACAUUCAUCCCUUUGAGAAUAUUGUAAAUAACAUGGCUUUCAUGCUGCCAUUUCAGUUUUUCAGUCCGGUGCCUCCACCUUUGAUAGGUUCACCACCAGAAAGACAUUUGAUUGAGCAAGGUCAAGACCAUAGCAACGAAACCAAACAAGAUCUUCAGAUACCAUUUUCUGAAAGCAGUUUUUUAACUUCUAGUUCUGCACCAUUUCAAGUUGAAAAUGAGAGGAGCAUAAAUGGUCCAGAUGUCACUAAAACAGAAGAUGAUGCCCUUUUGAGUGAUUCCAGUUCACAUAAUGUAGCAGCCAAGCUUGAAAUGACAGCACUAUCUCCAGAAAACAAAAUGAAAUCUGUUGAAAAAAGUGCUGGGCCAAGGAAAGGGCGUGUCUUCUGCACUGCAUGUGAAAAAACAUUUUAUGACAAAGGUACUUUGAAAAUACAUUACAAUGCUGUUCAUCUGAAGAUAAAGCACAAAUGCACCAUUGAGGGCUGCAAUAUGGUGUUCAGCUCAUUGCGUAGUCGAAACCGUCACAGUGCAAAUCCUAACCCCAGACUCCAUAUGCCAAUGAACAGAAAUAACAGGGAUAAAGAUCUAAGAAAUGGUUUGACCAUUGCUGGACCUGGAGAUAGUAAAAGGACAGAAUUCACAAUUUUAACUCCAGACAGCAGAACUAUUUCCAGCUAUGCCAGCUCUUGUACAGAUUCAAAAGGCCAGGCUGGAUUUUCCAGUAUUGGACAUAACGGUGUCCUCUUUCCAAACCUGAAGACGGUACAGCCUGUUCUUCCUUUUUACCGUAGUCCAGUCACACCAGCUGAGCUUGCCAAUACUCCAGGUACUCUUCCUUCUCUGCCUCUUGUUUCUUCCUCCAUACCAGAGCAGCUUGUUUCCAAUGAAUUGCCAUUUGACAUGCUCCCCAAGAAGAAAUCUCGUAAGUCGAGUAUGCCCAUUAAGAUAGAGAAAGAAGCUGUUGAAACACCCAAUGAAAGUAGUGAUGUUGCCAGUUCUGAGGAUGAAUCACGUCUGCAGGGGGUAAGCGAUGGAGAGCUUGAGACCUGUGAGCAUAAGAUAGAGAAGCGGGUGACCGACAGGGUGGAAAAGCACCCCCAUUCAGGUAAUUCAUGGAAAUCUCUCUCUGGGGUAGAGGGCCCAAAGUAUUUUGAAUCUGUCUUUGCGCCAAAUAACAAAUACAUCGAGGAUAUCUCUGAGAAUGAAUUGCAACACUGUGAGAAAGAGGUUAAACCAGAAGAAAACCAACCAUUAAAAAUAGUUUCCCAUGAGAUUAUAUAUGAAGAUCCAAAACACCACCACAGUGAUGUUAUAAAACCAAUGACUGAACCCCCCAUGUAUAUUAAAGAGCAGUCAAAGCACAGGAUUCCUAAAAAUGACUGCCCUGAAUUGCAACACCACUUGCUGACCGGGGGCUUUUUCAGCACUUUGUCAAACAGGGGUGCUGCCAUUCCUUGUUUUGAAGACUCUAAAGAUAUGGAUCAUGUCAGUCAACAUGCACUAGGGAUUCAGAAGGAAGAAAGCCGCUUUCAUUGCGACAUCUGUAAGAAGACUUUUAAAAACCCUUACAGUGUAAAAAUGCAUUUCAAAAACGUACAUCUCAAAGAAAUGCAUAUUUGCACAGUUGAGGGCUGUAAUGCUGCUUUCCCUUCUCGUAGAAGUCGAGACAGACAUAGUUCAAACCUAAAUCUUCAUCAUAAGCUUCUGACUAAAGAUACACUGGAAUUCAACAACCAUUUCAAUGCAACAUACCUCUUGAAAGACAUGGCUAAGGAGUUUUGCCAAGAUGUCUCUUUAAAACAACAUGUUGGACAUACUUCUGUAAUCUUCAAAGGAAUGAACAGAACAGGCAGCUACGUUUUUCCAAUGAGCAAAAUUGCAGAACCCUGUUCUGAGAGCUACGGAUACGAUCCAUUAAAUGAUGGAGCUGUUCUGGAUCUAAGCACAACUUCCAGCGUUAAGUCUGAGAGCAGUGCUCAUUCUUCUUGGGAUUCUGAUGGAGGAAGUGAAAUAUGCACAAUGCCCUUGGAUGAUAGUGAUGAAAGCUGUGAAGGACCCAGCCUAAUGCCCAAUGAUGAACUCUACCAAGACUGUACUUUAAUUGAGAAAGCUAAUCAAAACUUUAUAAAUUUACCUUCCAGUUUGCCAAUAACUUGUCAUAUAUGUCAAAAAACAUACAGUAAUAAAGGAACUUUUAGGGCUCAUUACAAAACUGUGCAUCUCCGCCAGCUCCACAAAUGCAAAGUCCCAGGUUGCAACACAAUGUUUUCAUCUGUUCGCAGUCGGAACAGGCACAGUCAAAACCCCAAUCUGCACAAAAGUCUGGCUGGGUCACCAACUAGCUUACAGUAA